AUGGAAGAAGCAAUGGACAAAACUGAAAUAACAAAGGAAGAAGCAUUGAUCAAUGCAGGAUUUCGUAAAACGACUAAUCAUGAGAAUGCAGAUGUCUACAAAAUCUUCAGCAUUCUAUAUGGUUUAGUUAUAUUUAUUGGUGGUGUAACGUUUUCAAUUUCACAUGCUAUUGUAUCAAGAGAAGAUGCUGAAAUUAUCAAACAUUUAGCGGAAAAAGCUAUUAUUCCUUCAAGCAAUUUACAGGGAUUUAAUUCAAACCAAUCAACUAUCAUUAAAGAUAUUCAUUCAACGGAAAACAAGUUUGUACCGAUACCAUUACAAACAAUUCGAAAAGCAUCAAGUACAUCGUAUAUCAAUUCACAAUUACUCGAUGAAAAUGAAAAACAUCAUUCAAAACAAUCAACAGGCAAUGGUAACAUGUUGACUAUUCCAGAUGGUUGUACAAAAUCAACUUCUUUGGAUAAUCUUUCACAUGUAUCAUCGACAACAAAAACAUCAAUAGAUAUGACACGAGAUGUAUUGAUUCGACGACGUGCACUCGAUCCUGCUGAAACACAAGAUCUUAGAGUUUAUGUACGUGAUCGUAAAAAUAGUAUUGUUCAAAAUGCUAUUGGUUAUAAUUAUGAUGAUAAAUCUAUUGUUGGUGGACUUUAUACUCGUAUAGGAAUAGGAAUUUUUUGUCUUGGUACAGUAAUUCAUGCUGGGUUAUCAAUUCUAAGCAAUUUAGAAACUCGUCGAUGUACACGAUGGACAGCAAUAAUGGAUGAUUUUUCUCGAUUAGUUUUUAGUUUUAUUCAAUUCUUUUUUAUUUUUAAACAUUCUAAUCUCAUUAUUCGAGCUCAUGAAUGUAUCGCUCGAUUGGCUGUCAUUCAUAUUGCUGUUACUAAUUUAUGUGUAUGGUUUCGCAUGGUUGUAAUUGAAACAAAAUCACAAAUUGAAGAAAUGGAUGGUCAUGAAAUAGUUGUAGCCCAACAAAAUAAUAUUAUUAGUCAUUUUAAUAAUAACAGUGACAACACGAUUAAUUUUCUUCAUGAUUUAUUAUUUUAUCCCUCGAAAUGUUCCAAUUUAUCUACCCAUGGAUUACCAGUUACGACAAUCAUUAAUGAAGGAUAUAUGAAACUCAAACCACUCCUAUAUCCAUGUACGAUUGAAUUUAGUCUAAUGUGUCUUACAUUGUUUUAUCUUAUUUGGGAAAAUAUUGGCAAAACAUUUACGCGUAAAAUAUCAGAUAAAUCAUCAACAAAAAAUGUCUUUAUGAUUAAUUGUCAUGCAUCUAACAAAGGUCUUUUUGGUGGUAUGUUCGUUUUUUCAUGUACAAUGAUUUCGAUUAUUCUUUAUGCGGUUUUUCGAAAUAAAAUCGGUGAUACACAUUUUAUGCUCUCUGAUACAGCAACUAUAGAAAAAUAUUCAUUAUCGUCGACAACAAAUACUAUUGGUCAUGAUCCAACCAUAUUUAAGAGUUCAGCAAGAAUAGAUUAUAGUAUUGUUAUACUUGAAAUCGUAAAUUUAUGUUUGUUAGCACUUUCAUUAUGUGCAACAAUAUGGUCAUUAAUUAAAAUUCGUAAAUUAAACUAUCGACGAACAACAACACGUUUUGAUGAUGUUCUCAUUAUUAUUUCAUUAACAGGCAUCUAUUUAUAUUCAAUAUUUAGUGCUUUCGCUAUUUUUGGUUAUUUGGGUUCAUCAACAUGGGUCGCAUAUGUUAAAUUAUCAAUUAUUAUUUUAGAAUUUAUCGAAGGUACUGUUCAUGCACUAUUCAUUCUUCUUGCAUUACGUAAACGAUUGAGACGAACGAAUAAACAUAAUUAUCCAGCACGUGAAAUGAUUACUCUACUGAUUACACUUGAUUUAAGUCUUUGGUUUGAAAAAACAACCACAACAACUAAACAUGAAGCUAAUCCAUUUCAAUUGGCUUUUUAUCAUGUUAUUCCAUGGUCUAUUAUUGCUGCAAUUGCAACACCACUUCAAAUUUUUUUUCGUUUUCAUGCAUCUGUAUGUCUUUCACAUGUUUGGGCAAAUAUGUAUCAUUUGCCAGCCUAUCAAUCAUUGACUUCUCGUAGUUAA